GCGGGGGGGGCGGCGAUGUUCCACUGCAUUCCCCUGUGGCGGUGCAACCGUCAUGUGGAGGUCAUCGACAAGCGCCACUGCUCGCUGGUCUACGUCCCCGAGGAGAUUUACCGCUAUGCCCGCAGCCUGGAGGAGCUGCUGCUGGACGCCAACCAGCUCCGGGAGCUCCCCGAGCAAUUUUUCCAGCUAGUCAAAUUACGAAAGCUUGGACUCAGUGAUAAUGAAAUUCAGCGGCUCCCUCCAGAAAUAGCGAACUUCAUGCAGCUGGUGGAGCUUGACGUGUCUCGAAAUGGUAAGAAGACAUCCCACUUGGAAUGUCCUCUUGACUCUCUUGAUGCUGGGGGCAUGAUUAAUAAAAAGCGAGUGUAUAAAGAUAUUCCUGAAAUUCCAGAAAGCAUCUCCUUCUGUAAAGCCCUGCAGGUAGCUGACUUCAGUGGAAACCCCCUCACCAGGUUGCCAGAGAGCUUUCCUGAACUGCAGAACUUAACGUGUCUUUCUGUAAAUGACAUCUCACUGCAGUCUCUGCCGGAAAAUAUUGGGAAUCUUUAUAACCUGGCCUCCCUGGAACUGAGAGAGAAUCUUCUUACUUAUCUUCCUGACUCUCUCACCCAACUGAGGAGACUAGAAGAACUUGAUUUAGGAAACAAUGAAAUCUAUAAUUUGCCAGAAUCAAUUGGGGCGCUCCUACAUCUGAAGGAUCUCUGGUUGGAUGGAAAUCAACUGUCUGAAUUACCUCAGGAAAUAGGGAAUCUGAAGAGCCUGCUCUGCUUAGAUGUCUCUGAAAACAGGUUGGAGAGACUUCCUGAAGAAAUCAGUGGCCUGACUUCUUUAACAGACUUAGUCAUUUCCCAGAACUUACUGGAAACAAUUCCCGAUGGCAUUGGAAAACUAAAGAAACUGUCAAUCUUGAAGCUGGAUCAGAACAGGCUCACACAGUUGCCUGAAGCAAUUGGGGAUUGUGAAAACCUCACAGAAUUAGUUCUUACAGAAAACCGUCUCCUGACUCUACCUAAGAGCAUUGGAAAACUUAAGAAAUUGAGCAACUUGAAUGCAGACAGAAAUAAACUGGUGUCUUUACCAAAAGAGCCUCACUGUGUUCUGUGUACGGAACAACAGACUGACUCGAAUACCUUCAGAGGUGUCACAGGCCAUGGAACUUCAUGUCCUAGAUGUGGCAGGGAACAGGUUGCGUCAUCUGCCCCUGUCGCUGACCACCCUGAAGUUAAAGGCCUUGUGGUUAUCUGACAACCAGUCACAGCCUCUCCUCACGUUCCAGACUGACACUGACCACACCACAGGGGAGAAGAUUUUAACUUGUGUCUUACUUCCUCAGAUGCCUUCCGAACCUAUCUGCCAAGAGAGCCUGUCUCGCUGUGGUGCCCUGGAAAGCCUGGUGAGUGACAUCUCUGAGGAUGCCUGGAAUGACCGCACAGUACACAGAGUUAGUGCAAUCCGGUUUUUGGAAGAUGAAAAGGAUGAAGAGGAAAACGAAACGAGAACACUUCAGAGGCGAGCCACUCCACACCCAGGAGAAUUAAAGAACAUGAAAAAGUCAGUGGAGAAUUUACGGAACGACAUGAAUGCUGCCAAAGGACUGGAUUCAAACAAAAACGAGGUCAACCACACCCCUGACCGAGUGACCACUUCAGUGUAGCAUUGGCCUCUGAGUUCUACCUACUGUGUCUUCCCUGCUGUAGAGAUGUUCCUGUGCUUGCGUCCAUCCGAGGAGCCUCCUGCAGUCCUCGUGCUCACCAUCCCUGUGCCAGGAUGCUGCUCUCGCACAAAGUGCCUUACGCAUCCCUCAGUCACUUAGGGUACCAGUGGGCUCUCAUCCUGAUUGCUCCUCAAUCUCAGUUGUUCAUAAUGUGUAGAAUACACUACUGUCAACACAUCUGACCUUCGUUUUUGUCUUAUGUUGGGCUUAGAGCAGGAAGGGGAAUUCCAGCCUUCUUCCCUCUGUUGAGUGCUCGACAGUUUUGAACCUAAGUUCUCAUGGACCUACUGAUGAGAGGAAGCUUUAUGUAUGGAAAAAAAAAAAAGAUACUUUUUUAACUUUUCAUGGCAGCUCAGAUGGUGUAAAUUUUAAAAAUUUUGUAUAGGUAUUUCAUAACAAAAAAUUAUGUAUUUCUUUGUUAUUUUAUCUUGAAGACGGUACAUAUUUUCGUAUUUGUGCAGAAAAACAGAUUAGGCCUAAAGUAUUCGUUUUUUAUCUGUACCAUCCACUCCGUGCCUUACUGUAUCCUGUCCUGUCAAACCAGUUGUAAACAGUGGCAUCCUUGAGCAUCGAGAUGGGAAUAUGAGCGUGGUCAAUUUAAAGCAGUGUUGCAUUUUUAGCAAGUAAUGUACCAAUGGAUUUCUUUGUUAACCAAAAAGAUGAAUUUAUCAGUGAUUUGUAAGUUUUAUCCAGUGAUUUCUUCAAAAAGACGAGCCGGAGGAUUAGACUGCUGAUAUGUCAUUUCCUAUGCUUUCCCUUGUCCUAAGUUUUAAUGAGUGCAGCAUCAGACUGUGCCUGCUCCAAAGGCAUGUGCCAUUUGUAUAAUGAUGUACAGCAGAAAAGCACAGAAAAAAAAAAACUGGUUCAGAAAUUCAAUGGAUCAAUAACUUAUGUAUUGUAGAAGAAUAACUCUUAUUGAAGAAAGCUUUAAAAGUUUUUAUACCCAGAUAAAAAGACCACAAUAAAGCAAAAUAGAAUAUACCCUAAUAGAAAUGUUGCUAUCUUUAUACAAGUGCACUUUGAAUUGUAAAUAGUUUUAAUCAAAGCAUAACAAAACACUGCUUCAAGAUUUACUUUUAAAUCUGCUAAGUUAAGGGGUAUGUCUUUAAUGUGUUUUUGUUGUUUUCUUUUUUAUGUAUGCUGUGAUGAAAGAGAAGUGCAAAGUGCCAGGCACUGUGUGGUGUCUGGGAAAUCAUGGGUUGUUUUAUUUGGAGGGGGGUUGUUCCCUACAAAAUAAAAUCAUCAUGGACAUUGGCCAUA